GGGCGAAACCGGCGAAAAGCAAACGUCAGCGUGUGCCGUCUCUUUCGGGUUCUUUUUCCGGUCGGCCAUCAGUGCCAGUGAAACACAUUUCACUAAGCCAAAAUGGGUAAGAUUAUGAAAUCUGGUAAGGUGGUACUCGUCCUCGGUGGACGGUACGCCGGUCGCAAGGCAAUCAUCAUGAAGACGUUCGAUGACGGCACGUCGGACAAGCAGUUCGGCCAGGCCCUCGUUGCCGGCAUCGAUCGCUACCCGCGACGUGUGACGCGAAACAUGAGCAAGGAUCGCAUCCACAAGCGUUGCAAGAUCAAGCCCUUCAUCAAGAUGCUGAACUACAACCAUCUGAUGCCGACGCGCUACAGCGUGCCAGAUGUGAACCUGGACAGCAAAUACAGCGUGGCUGACAUGAAGGAUCCGGCCAAGCGGAAGAAGGCCCGCAACCAGAUCCGCUGCAAGUUCGAGGAGCGACACAAGACCGGCAAGAACAAGUGGUUCUUCCAGAAGCUCCGUUUCUAAGGCAACAACCUACUGUGAACAGAGGGGAAGACUCCGAUGGAACCGGGCGGUGGGCGAAAGUAAAGAAGUCAGAGAGUACGAGUUUAUCGCAGCGAGGAUGUAUCUUCUGCGUGCGGGUGUGUCAUUUCCGGCCGUUUUUUCCACGCGGCUGGUGGCGGUGUUGGUGGUGCAGUGUGUGGCGAGCUGGGGCAUCGAUGCACUCCGAGUUGUGUAGUGUGUGUGUACAUGUGUAUGUGAUGGUGUGCUUUUUUGAGGAAGAAUCGAAGAAGAAAAGUCCACACACACGCACCCGGCCGAGGGGUUAUCCAUCCAUGCAAUCCAGAUCGUGUCCAUCUGCUCCUGCCACGCUGGACAGCCAUGUAAACUGAUUCGGAACCGGAACAACAUUCAUCGGUUCCGUGGUGUGAACGGUCGGAGAGGAAAGCACAGGCUCGUUAAGGAUACCUAAUAAAUUCGUGUUAUCUACUUGGAAAAAGGAAAAUCUA